GAGCUUGUUAUGCUUACCUGAAAUGUCAGGGACCGCGUAACUGUUUUAAUGACUUAAAAUGAAUCGCUGAAUUGUUUUUGAACCGUUCAAAAGAACCGAUUUUCGAAAUUGAUUCGGAACUACCAGCCAUGCGUACGAACUUCCGGAUAAUCAAGUACGGAGAUAAGUGCUGUCAGUGCUGUCACCCCAAAGCAGCAAAUAUAGGCGCAUAUUUGAAAACGCAAAAGGCGUGACAACUUGUGAUUGACUCCGACAUCAAUGGAUGAGCAUCUAUAACCUCACGACGCUGUUAACUGCAUCAUUAUAUAUAUAACGUAUAGCUGAAGCAAUGCUCGCUUUUGGUUUAACGAUAGUCCGACAUGGUGAGACGCAGUGCAACAAAGAUGGCCUUUUACAAGGUCAGAAAAUAGACUCUCCGCUUUCUGAAAUUGGGAUACGGCAAUCUGAGGCUGCUGGCCAGUACCUCAGGGAUGUAAAAUUCACAAAUGUGUUUGUCAGUGACAUGAGACGUGCCAAGCAGACUGCGGAGAUCAUUGUGAGGAGCAACAGAACCUGCCACAACGUAGAACUAGUAGCAGAUCCAUCACUUAAAGAGAGAAGUUUUGGUAUAGCUGAGGGAGGUCGAGUCAUAGAAAUGAAAAACAUGGCUAAAGCAGCCGGGCAGCCUUUACCAGAGUUCACUCCACCCAAGGGAGAAACCAUGGAACAGGUGAAGGUGCGAAUCAAGCAUUUUCUGAAGGCUAUGAUCCAGCGAAUAGCUAAUGACCAUCAAGAGAAAGUACAAGAUGGUGAGAUAUCCAUACUAGAUGAAACCCACUGGGCUCCUGCAGGACUCCCAGAUGACGGAGUCUUGAAUGUGCCUGUCCAUGCCUUGGUUGUUGGCCACGGGGCUUAUAUGAGCAUAAUGAUGCGGCAUUUUUUUGAGGACCUGAAGUGCCCCGUGGCCCGUGGUUUAGAUCCAGCUCAACAGUUUUCCAUCUGCCCGAACACCGGAAUGUGCCGUUUUAUUAUCACGUUGAAAUGUAGUAAUGCGGGUCUUGCACUUUCAGACAUGAAAUGUGUGUUCAUCAACAGAAGAGAUCACAUAAAGACUGAUUAAGAACAACAAUAUUUGAAUAGAAAAGGCAAUAAAAUGUUUACAUAUCAAGGUACAAGCACUGAUUCAUCAUACAGAAUUUUUGGAAAGACGACUGAUUUGACUUUACAAUAUGUAUAGCUUGAAUGAGUCCUAUAUUUUAUACCAUGUAGACACUGGCAGUAUUAAAUAUUGUAUUUUGAGUGUUUGUGUGUAUGUAAGUUAUUGAUUUAUUUUUAAAUGAUAUAAAAGUGUAAAUGUUAACUAAAUAAAUAUGUCCUACAUCUA